CACCCUUAACUUUUUGUAAUCCUCUUUUCUUUAUUAUUAAUAUUAUUAAUAUUUUUUUUUUUUGGUUUAUUCAUGUCUAGAAACGAUCUCAAUAACGUGAUCAACAAGAUCUCUGAAAAUUUAAACAGUUUGGCUGAUAUCUUGCUUACAGAAAAAAACCAAAAAAAGAGAAAAGAUCCUCAUGCUCCAAAACCCCCUCCUACUAGCUUUAUUCUGUUCAGCAAUUCUAUUCGAGAGAAAAUAGAACAAGAAAAACCUAAUGCCACUUUUGUAGAAAAAUCAAAGAUAUAUGGCGCCGAAUGGCAAAAAUUGACAGAAAAGGAAAGACAGCCCUUUGUUGAAGAAGCAAAGAAAGAAAGAGAAGAAUACAAAAAGAAAUUGGCUGAAUACGAAGAUGAGAAAAUUCAACCACCAGAAAAGAGGGCAAGAUUGGAAAUUGCUUCUUCCUCUUCCUCCUCUUCCUCCUCUUCUGCGUCUUCUGAUUCUUCCUCCUCCGAUUCCUCCGAUUCCUUCAGCUCUGAUGAGAGCGAUUGAAAUGUAAAAUUGUCAUCACAUUCGCUUGAAUUAUAUUUCAUUAGUGCUAAAGAAAAUAAAGCAUACAUGACAAAGAUAAAAUAUUCCUUAUGAAUGGC